AUGGAUGAAGAUGAAACUGCUUUGACCCAAAUAACGGAGGAGCUCCCUGAAGAGCUUCCUGAUUGGGGUGGAUUAAAUAAACGAUUUGCUUCGCUAAAUCUAGCCGAUGAGACAAUUCCAAGGAGAUCAGAGAAGGAUUUCGACAUCGAUCACACGGGCGUUCAGAGCUCAGCUUUAUCUGAAGCUCGUAAACAAAUGUUCAAUGCUCUCGACCACAUACGAGGACACCAUGAAAAGCAAAAAUUGGUUGGUGUGUGGAUGCAUGCUAAAAAGCAGUGUUUGGUGCCUCAUGCCAAGGGUAACUUCUUCAGAGACAUGGGCAACCCCCAUCCCUUCCUCAACAAACCCAAACUCCAAGGAUGUUGGCUUCUGGCAAUUGAAACGGUAUAUUUGGUCGAGCGAGGCUCUCUUAUUCUUUAUUUACCUAGCACCAGAUUCGAGACAUUCUUAGCCUCAGACGAGCAAGUCUUCGACUAUUCAACCCUUAAGCAAAUUUCAUUGAGUCAUUUGUAUAGUCUAGCAUUUGGAGACUCGCCUGACAUGCAUGAUAAGUACCAGGUUUACGCCCUUUUGAAGCGUUUGGGCUAUCUAAUACGACCAUUCCAGUCAAGCAAAUGGCCUGAUCUCGUCCAGUGCCAGAAUAACGAGCAUCCUUUACUAGCAUUUUUUCAAAGAACGAUCACUUCCAUUGGGUAUUGGUUCAGAUCACAAACUUCACGUGAAAGCAUUAGAUCGCUGCACUUCCUAAGCUAUACCGACAUGUUCUCACAACUCCAAUAUAUAUCAGCUCGGCUGGACUUUGACGACAUCGAUACUAGCAAAAAGAACCCUAAAUAUGCAUUGCACUUCGACGUUUGGAAGCCGACUGGCAAUUUCAGCAAGAAGACCGCUACGAGUCCUGAUUAUCAGGUAUGUGUCGUGAACACCUUGGAAGAGGGGUUCCCUUCUCUCGUCGACAUCACGAGUCUUUGGCAAACGUCUUGUAUGAAAGACACUUCAGCUCCGCCUGCGAAGGACAUAAAGCCUGCUAAGACCAACAAGGCUGUGCCAGUUUCGAAGAAAGAGAUGAGGGCUGAAAAAGCGGCAGAGCGAAGGAGGAAGAUGGACCCAAAGACUCUUGCUAAACAGGAAAUGGCUCCAGUGGGCGGUCUAUCAUCAUUGCUGCGAUCGAUGGUGGUAUAA